AUGUCGAACAACUUGGCAACGUACUUCAACAAGCAAGCGGGUCGUUCGAGCACCACCAGCGGCGCAAGCCCGGGUGAUGACGAUGACAUGGGACCAUCUGUUUCGAUGGCAGUCGAGGCCGAGGAUGACGACCACUUCACCCGCUCCACAUUCAACCUCAAGCGCACGCGGUCGAUGGGCCUGCUCGACGACUACGUUGGCUCUAGUAAGAAAGACGAGGGCUCGGAAGCGGACAGCGAGGAAGCGGCCGAGGAGAGCGAUUUCGAAGACGACGACAACGUAAACGAGAAUGCGGGCAGCAGCGCUCUGCGCUCUGCGACGCCAGGCCUCUCGGAGUCAGCCUCGCCACCCGUGCCUGAGACAGACAACUACUUAAUCCCACAUGAUGACAAUGAUCUAGUACACGAGCCCAAGAGGCAUGUUGACUACCUUUCUCACCAAUGGGACGAAGGCGAAAUUUCACAGUCCUGGAAAUACAUUAUUCUCAAGAAGAAGAAAAAGGAUGAAGACCUUGUGAACGCAGCGCGUCUUGAAAAUGCAUCAUGGCGUACGUGGGCAAAAGCCCGCAACCACCUGCAAACCGUUAGCCCAGAAGUUGUGAACUGGUCCAAGGACUCAGACGUUACCUGGCUGUAUGGGCCCGUUGUGCGCCAAAAAACGGAUCCGGGUGCCAGCUCAGACCAAGAGUUUGGCUACGGUUCCGAUGACGAAACUUCCAAGCGGGUGAGGACAUCUAAAAACAAAAAGAGAGGACCCAAGCCUAUAUUAAAGAAAAGGAGUGUGUCCGAAAUUCUUGAAGAGAAUUCGUUAUGGAGGCUAAACGUUGCUCGCCAACAUAAAAAGAUUCUCUCUAGUACCCAAGAUAUGGUUGAUGGGUACGGGGAUACGAUGUACGCGCCUGAGGACUAUGAUGCGCUUGCGGCAAAGGUCAACGCGCAGUACUACUCAUCAAAUCCCAGCGCAUAUAGCCAGGGCAACGCGUCAGAGCCACUACACGAAGACCCUGGUGUCGAGUCUAGUGUCGGUCCGCCGUCAGAAAGACCCCAAUCACAAGCGUCUACUCUGGAAUCAAUUAUGACGUCCACGAGCAAGAAAACUCCAAAAGGAGCGACUGAGCAAAAAGAUAGACACAUUCAUUUUAACGACCGCGUGGAACAAUGUAUGGCUGUUGCCUUCCACUCUGAUGACGAUAACGAUUUUGACGACAGCGCGGAUGACAGCGACGGUGAACGAUCCGCUCAUCAUGAAUACCCUCUAACGCGAAACCGCACACGUGGUGCGUCUGAUGAUUCUGAUUACAUCCGGGAAUCCUAUUCUGAUGAAGACAUGAACAGUUCUUCCUCUGACGAGGAUGAAGCAGGGCUCUUCAUCAAUGCCAGGUAUUCGAGAAAGACUGAUGGAUCUCGGUCGCCCUCUACGCGCUCAUCCAUAGGGUCGGAGUCUGCUCUCUCAAAAGAAAACCUCACGCCGAUUAUCAAGCUUCUACCCGCCACAACUCUAAACUACGGAUCUGAUGAGGAGGAAUUUGAUGAUGAUGACGAAUACUACGGCAACAACGCCGUUUCUCACAACGUCAACACCUUCAGAGGUUAUGAUUACAUGUACGAUUACAACUCUGUCUACACCGGCGACACAUCCAGUUUUAUGGCAGUCAAUAGUUGUGACAUGGUUGACGUUCCAGAAGGUUUACAGACCCCGAUCGAAGGCCAAGGUGAUCAUGCUGAUAUGUUGGUAAAUCCCAACAGCAGCCCUCAGCUGCCGAGUGACGCGGGGAAGGGCGGAUUUUCGCUGGACAGUGACACUGAUUCAUAUGGUUCCGAUGGAGAUGCGCAAUUCAUUGAAGAUUCUCAGAACAAAGAUAGUGAUGAUGAGCUUUCAAGCAUGCCGGGUUUGAGGAGAGUUCCAUCUCACGGCAAAUCCAGUACAACAUUGAUACAAGAUUUGAGGCUACAGCCAGCUGCGAUUCCCACAACUCAUAGCUUCAUUACUGGUAAACCUCUGCGGCAAACUGAGCAGCCUUGGGACACGGUCAAAAGCAAGCCUGUCCCUAAAACUCGGAGUUUUGUACUAGAUUCGGAUUCCGACUCUGAUACAUCAGAUAAGAGCGAAUCGGGUUCUGAGAACAGCGACAUUAACAAGACUUCACUACAGGCAGGAGAUACACCCGCGGCUAACUCUUCAGGCGCUGAUUCAAAGCCGGCUUACAGCGUUCCAACACAUGCUACCAUUGUAUCUCCUGUGCCGAAGGGCCAAAGGAUCACAAGCAGCUCACCAGUGAACAUAGCAUGUUCUGGAGACUCGGGCACGUCCCUGUCCGAUGUUGCAAUUGCAGGUUACAUUUCUCCAAGGAGCGACUCUAUGCAAUCCGUUGUUGCAAAAGAGAAUAUGGUAAACAAUAAGUCCUCGAAUUCAGAGGUUGACCGCAUGAACAAGAACCUGGAAAAUUGGCAUAUCGACCCUCAAAAGGACGAUGCAGAUGAUGCUUCAUCGGAGAAUGUGCAAAAAAUGAUGUCCUCCGCACGCGAAAUAGCGAGCAAGUAUUUACAUUCAUGGAAGAAAUAG